GGACUCUUAUUGGUUCAACGCGCCGUCGGUCGGCGGCUGCCCCGCCCCCUCAGAACCUUACAUUUACAGUGUAGCAAAAGAGAAAGUAACUAUGUUGCUGCUGGAGAUCAAUGAAGCUAAGUGAAUGGGGGCUGAACGUACGAGUCCAUACUGAAGCGGAGCGCCAGAUGGUGGAGGGCUACGCUUAUUUAUGAAACUCUUGAGUUCUUCUUGAAUUGCCAGUUUUCAGCCUCCUCAUGCCUCCGACUCCUUUAGACGACAGGGUAGUAGUGGCACUGUCUAGGCCUGUCCGACCUCAGGAUCUCAACCUUUGUUUAGACUCUGGCUACCUUGGCUCUGCCACCCCAGGCAGUAGUAGCCACCCUCCUGUCAUUGCCACCACCGUUGUGCCCCUCAAGGCUGCGAAUCUGACGUAUAUGCCCUCACCCAGCGGCUCUGCCCGCUCCCUGAAUUGUGGAUGCAGCAGUGCCAGCUGCUGCACUGUGGCAACCUACGACAAGGACAAUCAGGCCCAGACCCAAGCCAUUGCCACUGGCACUGCCACCACUGCCAUUGGAACCUCUACCACCUGCUCUGCUAACCAGAUGGUCAACAACAAUGAGAAUACAGGCUCUUUAAGUCCAUCAGGUGGGGUGGGCAGCCCUGUGUCAGGGACCCCCAAGCAGCUAGCCAGCAUCAAAAUCAUCUACCCCAAUGACUUGGCGAAGAAGAUGACCAAAUGCAGCAAAAGUCACCUGCCCAGCCAGGGCCCUGUCAUCAUUGACUGCAGGCCCUUCAUGGAGUACAACAAGAGUCACAUCCAAGGAGCUGUCCACAUUAACUGUGCCGAUAAGAUCAGCCGACGGAGACUGCAGCAGGGCAAGAUCACUGUCCUGGACUUGAUUUCCUGUAGGGAAGGCAAGGACUCUUUCAAGAGGAUCUUUUCCAAAGAAAUUAUAGUUUAUGAUGAGAAUACCAAUGAGCCGAGCCGAGUGAUGCCCUCCCAGCCGCUUCACAUAGUUCUCGAGUCCCUGAAGAGAGAAGGCAAAGAACCUCUGGUGUUGAAAG